AAAAUGAGAAAAUUGAGGAGGAUAAUAUCAGUGGGGUUCAAAUGGUCAACCUUUGCAUAGAGAGUAAGUGAGAGAAAAAUUUCACAUUCGUAAUUUCCAUGCCCUGCAAGAUUCGUUUCUCUACUCAAAUUCAUUCCUUUGAUUAACAAUUAUAGCUACCCAACCACCCACCCAAAAAUUAAAAAGUCCAACUCAUUCUCUUCCCCUUCUUAAAAGACCCUUCUGCUCUCUCAUUUCUCUCAAAUCCCACUCUCCAUUCAUCUUCCUUUCUUCUUCUUCUUCUUCAGCUGAUGGGUUGUCUUGAUGAUGGCCUUGUUCUAGGGUUAGGUUUCUCUGCAACCACUACCCUAGAAAAGCGCGGCAAUAACAAUAAUGAAAAGCCCAAGAUGAUGAAUAAGCCAUGUUUUGAGCCUUCGCUUAGCUUGGGGCUUUCUGGUGAGACUUUCUAUGGUUGUAACAAGAAGACUACCGAUAUCAAGAAAGUUUGUGAGGAGUCUGGUGGUGCCGAUUUGUUUCGUCAAGCUUCUCCUCAUAGUGCUGUUUCUUCUUUCUCUAGCGGUAGGGUUAAGAGGGAAAGGGACCUUAGCAGUGAAGAGAUAGAGGCAGAGAGAGUUUCUUCAAGAGUGAGUGAUGAAGAUGAAGAUGCUACUAAUACAAGAAAGAAACUUAGGCUCACAAAAGAACAAUCUGCCCUUUUAGAGGAAAGCUUCAAGCAACACAGCACUCUCAAUCCUAAGCAAAAGCAAGCUCUAGCUAGACAGUUAAAUCUACGGCCAAGACAAGUUGAAGUAUGGUUCCAAAACAGGAGAGCCAGGACAAAGCUGAAGCAAACUGAAGUGGACUGCGAGUUCUUGAAGAAAUGUUGUGAGACACUAACAGAUGAAAAUAGGAGGCUACAGAAAGAGCUUCAAGAACUGAAAGCUCUGAAAUUGGCACAGCCCUUUUACAUGCACAUGCCAGCGGCUACUCUCACCAUGUGCCCAUCUUGUGAAAGAAUUGGAGGUGUUGGUGAUGGUGCUUCAAAGAAUAAUCCAUUUUCAAUAGCUUCAAAGCCUCACUUCUAUAAUCCCUUCACCAAUCCUUCGGCAGCAUGCUAAGGUUAAAGGUUCCAGGAUAGGAGAGAUAAAAGAAAACUUAAAAAAAAAAAAAAGUAUAGAACUCCUCCGCAAUCCCUCUAUUUUUUGGUUAAGGGCUUGUAGUCAUCAAAGUUAGUGUAAUUAAUUAUUUUGUAGAAAAUAGUAACUACUGAUCAAUCUCCUUUUUUUUUUUUUUUCUUUUUAAAUUAGUAUUAUCACAUGUUUGUAUAUUAUUCUGAAAAAUAUAUAUGAAGGGAUGAGUAUUAUUUAUUUGUUGA